AUGUCUACUUUUUCUUUAAAUAAAAAUAUUUUUGAAGAAACCCAUAUAGAAAAUACUCAAUUACAAGCAGACCUUUCAAAUUUACAUUCUCAAUUUUUAGUUCAAGAAGAUGAUAAUUUAUUUUUAUCAGAAUCAUCUGAAAUUUUAGAAAUUACAGAAAAUAAUCUUUUAGAAAAUGAGGUUUGGACUGAAAAAGAGCUUUCAAAAUUUAAAAAAUUAUAUUAUAAAGAAAAAGAUAUUAUUGAAAAACAAGAAGAUGAUAAUCAAGAUUUAGAAAAUAAAAUAAAUUUAUUACAAAAUAAUGAUUUUAAAAAAUCUUUUAAAAAAGUUUGUUGUGAAAAAAAUUGUUUACAAACUCAAGUUGAAUAUUCUAUAGCUUUAAAAAGAUAUUUAAAUUUUAAAAAUCUUACUAAAUCUUUACAAGAUAUGUAUUUAUUAGGUAUAAUUUCUGCUACCAAACGACCAGAAAUAAUUAAAAAUUUAAAGAAAUCUAAGCUUACUACAGAAUAUAGCUUUGAAGAAAAAUCAAUUUGUAAAAAUGCUUUUAAAACAAUUUAUAGUCUUGGAGAUACAAGAUGGAAAAAUUUAAGAGAUCAUUUUGUAGAACAUGAUAUAAAUUUACGUAUUAAUUCAAAAACUGGAAAAGUUGGAAAUCGAACAAUAUCUUUUGAAACAGUAAUGAAAGUAAUUACCUUUAUAGGAAAUUUUGCUAAACAAAAUGGUUUACCAUCUCUAGCAGAUACUACUUAUUUAUCUUUACAUACUCAAUAUUUAGAAGCAAUUAAUACUAAUGAUCAAUUUAAAAUUAGUUUAAUGACAUUUAUUAGAAUUUGGAAAAAAUUUUUACCAUGUAUUAAAAAAUUAACUCCACGUAGUGAUUUAUGUUUAAAAUGUAAAGAUAUGAGAUUUAAUGCAAAUUAUUGGUCAAUUGAAGAAAAAGAAACUAAAGUUUUAGAAUGGCAUAAACAUAUCAAAUGGGUACAAGAAGAACAUGAAAAUUAUAAAAAAUAUAUUAAAAUAGCAUAUGAAGAUAUUAAAAAAUUUGGAAUUAAAAAUAUAAUACGUUCUGGAAAACCAAAUUCUUUAGAUAUUACAGUUCAUUUUUCUUGGGAUUAUGCUCAACAAAUUUAA